GAAAACAUCUCUAAUCCAGUAUUUCAGGUGCCCGGAGAGAACCGAGCGACCAUUGCUCUCCACUGCCGCGCAUCAGCGAACUAUAGCGGGAUCCUCUGGACAGGAAUAUACCGCAAAGUGUAACGAGACUGUGUCCCAAGUGGCUUUUCUGAGAGAAAAUUAAUCCUACAAAGCCAGAGAGAGGGAAGUUUCAGCGGCGGAAAGACUUUCUGUCUGCCUUGAAGUGGAUUUCUCCAGCAGCGACUCCUCCCCCGAAACUCUACCAAAAUACUUCAACUCUUUUCUCGCUGCAGGAUAUUACACUCCGCACUCAGGCUCAUUUCUCCUCUCUGGGGACCGACAUGCUGAAGAACCAGUUCUGACAGUCAGCCUUCUGUCACCUCUUUGUUUGCUGGAGUACCUGGACUGUGUUUUCUGCCCGGCCUUGACAAACCUUUGCAAUGGAUUGACCUCUGAGAGGGACAAUUGACUGCAGCGGAAAAUCUCCAAUACCAUCGGGACCAUGUGGCAGAAUGAGCUCGCAGGGGUCCGCCGUCCCCUCUGAAGCGUUGUGAAGCUUCGUGCUGCAGAGCGUCAGGAUGACUGAGGCGUGCUGCUCCGAAGUCAAAACUCAUCUCAUCACCAGCAUCAGACCGCGGAUCAUCAACGGCUUUCCAAAACAAACACUUGGAUUUUAACUUUUUGUGUUGACUUUUAUUUUUUUUGGAUCAACUUUUUAAGAAAGCAGACUGACUAAAAGGAUGUUCUACGUGAGCUGCAGAAAUGGAUUAGAUGUGUAGCAGUGCUGCUGCUGCAGGAAUAACUUAACCCCGGACUAUCGGGGAUCUGAUCCCAGCACCAACCUCCGCCCGGCCCACCUGUCUGAGGCAGACCCCCCCUAUCCGAUGGCAUGGGUCAAGUUCUUCAGGAAGCCGGGUGGCAAUCUGGGGAAGUCGUACCAGCCGGGGAGCAUGCUGUCUCUGGCCCCCACCAAAGGACUGCUGAACGAACCGGGCCAGAACAGCUGCUUCCUCAACAGCGCCGUGCAGGUUUUGUGGCAGCUGGACAUCUUCAGACGCAGCCUGAGGCAGCUACCUGGACACUUCUGUUUAGGGGAAUCAUGCAUCUUUUGUGCAUUAAAGGGCAUCUUCUCCCAGUUCCAGCACAGUCGGGAGCGUGCGCUGCCCUCUGACAACCUGCGUCACGCCUUGGCAGAGACCUUUAAGGACGAGCACCGCUUCCAGCUGGGCUUCAUGGACGACGCCGCAGAGUGCUUUGAGAACAUCCUGGAGAGGAUCCACCUGCACAUCGUGCCUGAGGAGACGGAUGCCUGUACCUCAAAGUCUUGCAUCACACAUCAGAAGUUUGCUAUGACACUUUAUGAGCAGUCUGUGUGCCGUAGCUGCGGGGCGUCCUCCGACCCACUGCCGUUUACAGAGCUGGUGCAUUAUGUCUCCACCACCGCACUCUGUCAACAGACUCUUCAGCCACACGAGUCUUUUGGGGAACUGUUACGAGCAGCAAGUACGAUAGGGGACCUCCGUAACUGUCCAAGCAACUGCGGUCAGAGGAUUCGGAUCAGAAGCGUCCUCAUGAACUCUCCGGAGAUCGUCACUAUCGGCUUCGUCUGGGACUCGGAUCAGUCCGACCUCACAGAGGAGGUGGUCCGAUCGCUGGGGCCUCAUCUCAGUCUCUCUGCGCUCUUCUACAGGGUGACGGAUGAGCAUGCCAAAAAGGGCGAGCUGCUGCUGGUGGGGAUGAUCUGCUACUCCAGCCGCCACUACUGUGCCUUCGCCUUCCACACCAAGUCCUCCAAAUGGGUCUUCUUCGAUGACGCUACGGUGAAAGAGAUCGGCUCCAGGUGGAAAGAUGUGGUCAGCAAAUGUAUCAAAGGUCACUUCCAGCCUCUCCUUCUGUUUUACGCCAACCCCGACGGGAGUGCGAUCCCCGCAGACGAUACUUCGAGACCAAAGAGCAGCCAGACCCCCCACAAGACCCCCGUCAACGGAGACGUGCAAGGCUUGGAAUCUCCAGAUGUAGCUCCUAAGAAGCUGGACCUCACCAAAGAGAACCUGGCUCUGCUGGGGCAGGACUCCUUCAAGCAGAAGACCCCCUCCACCUUCAGCCGGGGCAGCGCUCAGGACAGCGUGGGUCGGGGAGUCAAAAUUGGCACAAACGAUCCUAAAGGUCGCAUCAGAGAGAUUUCUCGAGAAGUUGCCCAGAGAGCAGCGGAGGUGCGAGGGAUGCAUCCGUCCAGAAGAGAGGCUGAGAGGAGCGGCCAGCGGAGGCCGGAGUCACGCUACAGAGACCCAGCUCCGGACAGGACGUACUCUCGCUCCGUGUCCCCCCCUGAGAACGGCUUCAGGCAGCACGUGGACACCCGUCUGUACAGCAGCCAGGGGAAGGGUCCCACUCGUACUGAACGCACCCCCCACCUUGGAGUACGCCCCUCACAGGAGCCCGUCCGCUCUACCUCCAGGGUCCAGGUGCUGCCCAGUGUUCCCAGUUUCACCAGCAGCCACCACAGUCGGAGGGUGGAACCGGUCUCCAACGGAUACGACUCGGACAGCAGCCAGGAAUCCAGGGAACGUCCCGGAAGCGCCGGGACAAACCGGAGCAGGCCCAGCCGGCCCUGGAAGCCCAUGAGAGAGGCGCUGAAUGUUGACAGUGUUUUGAGUGGGGGUAAUGCAGUAAAUCAGGAGAGGAGGCAGCACAGCCCCCGCAGGAGACCCAACAGUCAGUCUCCUACCCGAGAGCGAGACCUAGAGCGAGAGAGGGAGCGAGAGAGGGAGCGAGAGCGAGAGAGAGAGCGAGACAGAGACUUUACGUGGGGAGGCCGAGAGGAACGCAAACCCAAGAGCCUGAUGACCAUCUACGAGGACGAGCAGAGGCACGAGACGGGGGGCAGCCGCAGCUCGCUGGACUCAGAGGGGCGGGGGGGCUACAGCGACAAGGACAGGUCGAAGGGCUCGGGAGCCCUGAAGGUGCGGAGCGACAACUGGAAGAUGCAGAGGACCGAGUCUGGAUACGAGAGCAGCGACAGACUCAGCAACGGCUCCGCUAACUUGGACUCCCCUGUGGUGGAGACCCUGUCCUCAAAAGACCUGAGGCCCAUCCCUGAGCUGCACCUGACCAGGGAUCACUUCCCUCAGAGAAGAAGUGAUGAUUUGAUAGCUGAAAUAUUGCACUCUUCAUUUUCCACUGGUGAGAACGGAAGACAAUCUCCAGAUCUACAUGAUACAGACAGCCUCUCUGGAAAACCAAUACAAAGAAGAAGAGCCUUCAGAUACACUCCAGGGAUCUUCGAGAAGGUCAACGGUGUGGACAGCGAGCACGAGGAGCAUGAGGAGAACGUGGACAGCAGUCCCGUGAGCCCGGGGUCUAGGUACUUAGCCAAGACGAGCAGCUCCGAGUGGAACAGCUCAGACGACCUCGCUGGACCUUUCUCUGAACACGAAGACACUGUCGCCCACUCGGAACCUUUCGCACACCACUACCCCCCACCUUUACCCCCCAAGAACUUUGGCAGCGGUUACUCCCACCCGCCGGAGCUGCCGAUACGAGAGCCUAGAAACGGCUCGUCUGCGCUCUCACACACCACCCUGCGGAGGUGGAUUGAGACUCCUGCGGAGCACCGGCUCUCGUCAGACGCUAGCUCCAAGUCGGGGUCAUCAGAUCAGGACAGGAACGAGUUUUCGGCCAGCGAGAGCGAGGAGAGGUUCCCGAGUCCGAAGCCCGGGCACGAUGACGGUACGGACUUCCCCAGUGUGACCGACAUGGCUCUGCCCACCACCUACUUCACCGUGGACAGCUGUAUGACGGACACCUACCGAGCCAAAUACCACAAGAAGACUGCCGUGCACGUGAAGGCGGAGGAGCACACGUCGUCAGGGGAGAGUGACGCUGAGGGGAGACUCCCCCUGCCCGAGCCUCAGCCUGCAGAGAGCUCCAGGAGCAGAGACUCAGGCUAUUCCACCACAAAGAAGACUGCAAAGUGGAACCCCAUCACUCCUAAAGGACUGGACGAGCAUGGCUUCUUAUGAUUUUAGAAGAGAAUCAUCAAUGGACUUGUUUGAUUCAGAGACUGGAAGCCUAGAGGAAAUGUUCUGCACUACGACUGCUCCAAAGUGUGACUCCUCCCGACAGAAAGCAGGACUUGAAGCUGGAUGCCAAAGAGAUUGUAAAAGAAUGGCAUGUGUCCUUAAAAGUUGCUUUUUUGGUAAAAACUACUCAAAGCUUUAAAUGAAAAGUGAAUUUGCACAGUAUAUAGCACCAUAAAGGUACAGAGAAUAAUGAUUGGAGGGUUUGGUUUGUAGAGAAUGUGUCACAAAAAAGCCACUUUACCACACAAGAUUUAUUUUACACUAAGAAAUAUUUCUUGCAGUUCUCCUUCCCCUCACUCUAAGGAAUCUUUCAUGUGUUUAUUUAACAAGUCACAUUUCAGUGUUUUGGUUUAUCUGCUCUAGUUUGACAUUAAUACCCCCCUCUCAGUGUAUGCUGAAGAACACUGUUUUGGCACGACCUAAAAAUGGAUCCCGAGAAUACAUGUGAAUCCAUAUUUUCCUUAAUGUUCAACCAGAGGAGGUUUAAUAAACCAACAUAUCUCUGCACACCUGUGUGGUGUUCAGGGACUUGACGUUUCUGGGUUAACUGAUUGCUUAUUGGUUGAAAAGUUUGUGGUACAGUAACUCUCCUCAUAUGCACAUCCACACAUCCCUUAUUGUGUUUUGUGUCUUUGAACUGUAUUUAUCUUAUGUUUCUUCUUACACUCCAGUACAGUUACAAGCUUUAUUUCUUUGUCUUUAGACUAAUCAGUUGUUUGAUUUUCAGUCGUGUUUCUUAAAAGAUACUCCUAUUAGCAGCGAGUCUGCACUGGUCGGACAUUGACAUGGGAAAUUCUCAUCUCGAGAUGGAUGAGGUGUUUGUUUUUUGAAGGGGGGUUAUUAAUAAUAACAUGUUGUAAAUCUGAGUGGUAGACUAUAUUUUGUUCGAAAUGUUUUCUAUAUGCAGCAGACUCUAAUGCACAGUGCCUUUUGUAUUUUUCUAUGUCAGGAUAAGAUUAAAGUGGAGCCAUGAUUUGUAAAGAUUUUUUGUAACAUUUUAUUUUAUUUUUAUUGAUUAAUAAUUGUUAAAUAAACAAUUUUAUUUAACCAUA